AUGACUGUUGUGGAUUAUAAGACCGUAAUUGAGAACAAGCAAGCUUCUAACUUCCAAAAGAUCCCUGUGGAGUGGCGUUUGGAAAAGAUCCCUUCCCCUGAGGAACAAAAAGAGGUGGCUCCAUUUAUUGAGCCACUUCUUUCAGACAAAGAGCUGUGGAUCACCAAUGUUUCCGCUAUUGAACUGCUUGAAAAUUUGAAAGCUGGUAAGAUUUCCGCUUUGGAGGUUACUCAGGCAUUUUGUCACCGUUCUGCCCUGGUUCAUCAAUUGACUGAUUGUUUGAUUGAGAUCUUUUAUGAUCAAGCUCUUGAAAGAGCUAAGGAACUUGACUCUUAUUUUGCCAAAACAGCCAAGCUAGUCGGCCCCUUACAUGGUAUUCCAAUUUCUUUGAAAGACCAGUUCAACUUGAAAGGUAUCACCACUUCUAUUGGGUUCACUGCUCCUCAUAUUUCCAAAGAGCUUGAAAAUAUCGUGGGCCAGAAAGAAACGGACCAGGAGUCUUAUUUGGUCCAGAUCCUUCACGACGCUGGAGCUGUGUUCUAUGUGAAGACCACUGUUCCGAUGGCAAUGUUUGGAAAUGAGACAAGCUCCAAUCUUUCAACCACUACCCAUCCUUUCGACAGACGGAAAACUCCAGGAGGAUCGAGUGGUGGUGAAGCGGCUUUGCUUUCGGGCAAAGGAUCUGUGAUCGGACUUGGAACCGAUAUUGGAGGAUCAAUCCGUGGUCCUUGCGUCCAAUGCGGUCUUUACGGAAUGAGAGGCUCUUCCAAUCGUUACCCAUAUUUGGGAAUCUCUAAUUCUUAUCCUCAUCAAACAUGUGUUCCUUCUGUGACUGGACCGAUGUGUCGGUACUUGGAAGACUUGGAGCUAGUCUCCAAAGUCAUCAUAGAUGCCGAACCAUGGCUGGUAGAUGCGAAGGUCCCACCAAUUCCUUGGAAAGAGUCUGUGGAGCUUGAUACCGUUAAUGUUGGUAUCAUGGUCUGGGACAAACAGAUCAAGCCACACCCUCCAAUCCUGAGAGCCCUGAAGGAAACCGAGACCAAUUUGAAGAAAGCAGGCAUUGACACUUUGGAGGUUGAACCACCUGUCAGUCACUUGGAGAUCUGCGAUUUCCUUACUGACUUGUACACCUGUGACGAUUUUGCAGAAGUCAAGAAAUACGCUGCGUUGAGCGGAGAGCCCCUUUCUGAUCUUAUCCAGCGUACUUUCAAGCUAAACGGACACAUUGCUACUCUGGAAGAUACAUUUAAUGCUUCUGCGCAAAAGUACAACUACCAGCAGAUCUACGACAAGUUUUGGAACUCGACAGCCAAGCUCACCAAAAACGGAAAGCCUCUGGACUGUAUUAUUAUGCCAGGUUGGGCUUCCACUUCCUGGAAAAGUGGCGAGAACAUGAAGAUCGCCAACGUUUACACAAGAUUCUUGAAUGUUCUAGAUUACUCUGUUUUGACGAUUCCUAUCACUACUGUCAACGAAUCCGAUGAUCCAUUUGAGCGCACAGACUUCUCUGGCGAAGCAGACAAAGUGUGCUGGGAAUACUAUAACAAAGACUUCUACCUUGGAAUGCCUGUUGUGUUGCAACUUGUCUGCCGCAGAUACGAAGAAGAGAAGUGUAUUGCUUUGGCCAAGAAAUUGCUCCCAAUCAUCAGAAACACAUAG